AUGGAUAUUGAGAGAGGAUUAGAACUACCACGCGAUUCUAUCCUAGAAGGCCUGCCACAUUUCCAAGGUGCUCGGAGCAUAAAGUUGUCCACCGCAGUUGAGUCAGCUGCAGGAACGCCAUUAACCGGAGAGCCGCUGGAAAUUCACUGCUCCACCAAAUCAGGAAGAAUGCCUGCAUUUACAAGAGGUUGGUAUGACAUUGCUUGUUAUGCUAGCCUCAAAAGUGGGGAUACUGUAUCAUUUUACAAGGAGUUUCCUGAGGUUGUCAGCACUGUCCAGCAAGAGUACGUUGAGUCAAUAAUUGUUGUUUCGCUUUAG